GUAUUAUUUACAGUGAGGCAUAAAAACCAUGAAACGAACCUGACUCCCGUUAGCAGCCAUGGAAGAACCGUCAGAUUAGCGUCACCCUGACAGCUCCAAGCUCCGCCCAGCAGGGGAAGAGGAGGGCGGAUGUCGGAAUGAGAAACUGCUGCUGCUGCUGGGGGGAGUCCGGUGCUGUACUGUGUGGUGUGGGCAGUUUAUCAACAGAUCGUUGUGUUGUUUCGUCUGGGAGUUUACUAUUUUUCUUUUUUACGACCAUUAAUUGUCUUUCUCUCUACGGACCUCCGGUUUAUGCCUAUUCUUAAAUUCCUAAAUGCCUUUUUCAAAAUCUAAUGGAAGAAAAAGCAUUAAUUGGGCCUACCAUGGUAUCCAGAUUGCCAAAGUUUGGUGGACGCCCCUCAGCUAAUGGAAAUAGUUCUGUGUCCAAUGGUUCCACACAGUCACCUACAUCUAUGCAGGAUGGAAAGACCAACUCACCUGGAACACGCCCUAAUGGUCUGAUUCGGCCCUCUCCACCUUUUCUGAAAUGGAAGAAAGAUGAUGGUAUAAACUUCCCUAACCCCACCACACCUGCUAUUCCUUGGGAUAGAAAUGAAGAGAAAGCACAAUUCCAUGUGCCCUCAUUGUCCGAGGUAAAGAAUAGCUCUCCAUCAACACCUAAGAUGCGUAGGUCAGGCUCUUUGAUGGUGGCUGCCUCCAGCCCAAAAACUGUCCCCAAGCAACUGACAAAGAUAAGUCCCAAAGUGACAAAAGUGAAUGGAGUUUCUAAAAUUGCCUAUAGUACUUCUGGCAUUUCUUCUCGAACAGGGUCAGAGUCGCGCCUUGUGCGGCCAAUGUUGGGCACCAGCUCCCCCAGAAGCAUUUCUCAGGAUAGCCUAUCACAAUCCAGUGAGAACCAGAAGAUCUUGACAAUGGACCACAUGGUGCGUUCCAACAGCUUCACUCACUUCAAACAGAUUCCUUCACCCACCUGUGAGCCAAUGACACGGUCUUUCUCCUUUAAUCGGGCUGUGGAGUUAGCCAAGCCUCUAGCCAACACUCAGCUUCGGCCACCUCGCAGUAGUUUUCUCAAACCUCCACGGGUCAGCAAUGGAAGAUUGUGUUUAGGACUAAACGGUAACCUUGGAGGUGCAGGUUCAGGUUUUCAGUACAGUAAAAGCCUUCCAGCUGACUCAUCCCUGCCGAACCCGUCUUUUCCUGCAGUGCCCACCACUCCCCGAGGCUUGAGGAAACCUCUGCUUCCAAGUUCUGUCCUGACACAGUCAUUGAGUAACAGUGUUGCGUCUUUAGGUUACAGGUCGGCUCCAAACGCUCAGGUUAAACAGCAGAAGUCCCCUUUUCCAGGUCGACUCAAAGAGGGUGUUGGAUCUUCAGUCUCAUCUGAUUGUGGUGGACUUCUGAGGAUAUCUAAAGGUACUGAGCCAGCUGAAGAGGCUGGAAAAGCAGACUUUUCCAGUGAUAGUGGUGGUAGCUCUAGAGCUGGAAAUGGAGAAGAAAGUGGUGUUCAUGAUCAGAGCUCUGUCCGGAUGGCUACCGAGACCCUGGAAGAUAUGUCCUUAUCUUCUGCCUCAUCGUUGGAAAGAGGUGACACCAGUGAAGAGUUUCUAGAUGAUUUUGACUCUGCAGGAGAUAUUUUCAGUGAUGGGGACACACCUGGCAGCAUUACUCAAACCCUCUUGGACAGGUUUCCCAAUGGGAACACUGAGUGGGAGCCUGUAGAUUUGACAGGCCCAUGUUUAUUUGUUUUUCUCAAAGAAAAUAAAGCAGAAACCCCCUUGCAGGAAUUGCAAGAAUCUACACAGGAAUCGUUGGUGUUGUCUCCUGUGCAGAGUGAUGCUCCUCAAGGUUCGUCAGUUGAGCUGUCACCUUCCAAUAGCUCUGGUGGGACCUAUAUGUGGGAUGAAGAAGGUCUUGAGCCUCUUGGAGAGCCGAAGUCUCCAUUAGGAACUUAUGAGGAUUCAGAGAUCAACAGCAUGGACAUCCUGAAAAUCCUGGACCCUCUGGGAACUGGAGAUUUGGACGAUAAUGAUCUCAUGCUGGAUGUGGACCUCCCAGAGGAUAGCUUGCAUGACUUUGACAGCAUGUCUCUCAUGGAGCGCUCAGACAGAGGUGGCCAGCAGGGUCAGCGACGCAAACAGCACCGCUGGAGUGGCUCAGAUCAUUCCUUCCAUGACAGCAGGCUUCAUUUCUUUAAUAAUUAUGACAAUCACAAGACUUCACGGUUUCCUUCUCGGCCCAUCCAGUCUGAUGGCAAGCAGCCAGUCUACAAACCAAUAUUGGAUGAACCCACCAUCGAAGACAUGACACAGGACUGCAGUGUCCUGAGGAACCAACUGCUCAGGCUCAAAACAUUACUGCAGCUUGAAGAAACAGAGUCUCCAGCAGAUGUUUGUGAGCAGACGGAAGACAAUGCCACUUUGUCACAGAUUGAGGCCCUGAUUAAGGAAGUGCAGGUGCUCAGGGAGGAGCUGAAGAGUAGAGACAAGGCUAUAGCUCUGCUCACUGUGCAGUGCCAACAGCUACAACAGCAUCAACAUCAGCGGGAACAAAUGACCUAUGAAGGACGACAGGUUCGAUGUCAGUGCCGCCACAGGAGGGCCUCUUCACUACAGCAGAAUGAAAGACAGAUGGACAAACGGAUGCAGCACAAUGACAAGGCUACCCAGACACACUGGAAGACACCGAGCUAUUCUCCUCGAAUGCUACAGCCUUUCAACCCCUAUCUCAAUGUGCAGCCACACCGGGAAAGACUAAUAAAAACUCCCCCCACCGAGGGCCACAGUGAGCUCACAUGGAGCAGAUCAGAGGAAGCGACUUGCAUAGAUAAUGACCCUCCUCUUGAAGCUACUAAAGUAGAUGUGUCAGGGGCGGCUGGCUCUGACAAGCUGAGUCAUCUGCCCAGGACCAACCUGCGCCUCCGCUCCUGCACUCCACAGGGAAUAACUGGCACAGACGGUCGAGUGUCAGGACCUCAGUCUGCUUCGCAGUUUGGGAGGAGAGCUCUUGCUGUGACAGCGCAGAGCUUUGAUGCUCCAAGAUCGGCUCGCCCUCGAAUGCUGCAGUCACCUCGCAUCCACAAGCAAAUUUCUCUCCCUGCAUCCGGUUCAGAGGGUACGGGUGGCUUUGCCUCUCUGAAAUCAGGACGUUCUUUAGAGCCUCCUGCUUACCAGACAAAGCAGCUGCCUCCUCCGACGAGAGGCCUUCCCUGCUUUAACUCUGAACAAGUGCAGACUCCAAAACUGUGUCAAACUUCACUCCUUCAGCCUCUCAGAACUUCAGAGCCUCACUGAGAUUCACAGUGAGAGUUGGAAAAGGUGUCAUUCAAAGUCAUUAGGUCAGCCAGGAUGCCCUUGAGCUAUCAUGCCUCCCAAAGCCAAAGAUUUCCCAAAGAACCGAAUGAUAUUGUCAUUGAAAUAAUCCUUUUCUCCCCUUAGUUGUGGAUUUAUCUUUUACCUUUGACCUAUCUUGAUAAUUCAGGGUUGAUAGUAAUUUUGUUUUUUGCCUGCUAAUUUUUUAUAUUGGCUGCCAAAACUGGUCCACAGAUUACAUUUCAUUCAUGAAGAAGUAGCAUGUGUCUAAUAUAGAGGACAAUACAUAUUACAAGUUAAUUUCGUUAGUUUUGCACAUGUUCAUGAAUACUGAAGAUGGAGAAAAACACUUUCACACUUUGCUCUGAAAUCUGCCAUUUUUGUUUUCUUUCGAAACAGCCCUCUGGCUAAUGUCCCUUUUUAAAUUCUAGGAAUGGUUGUCGUCAGACAGCUCUGCCCUUUGACACACAGGUGCAUUUGGUUUUUAAACACUGAGGUGAUGUGGUUGUGACCUCUGUUGUGCUGUAGAAAGCCCUGGGGGAAAUGGCAGCGAAAACAAGAAGUGGGACUGAAUCUAAACAAAAAAGGGUGAAAGGAAAAGUGAAAAGCAUGGCAGCAGACUGAAAAGCUAAUUUGUCAAAGUGCCCCUGAAACUUGUCACUUCUGGAAAGAAAAUAUGUGCAUGUGUAAAAGUUAGCGUGUGUUAAUGUGUCGAGUGAAAAGGGCUUUGAGGAACAAAGGAAAACAGCUCUCCCACCGAAGCUGCAUGCGUCAUUUUAGCUCAGUUAACUAUUCUGUGCUUAUAUUUUUGGUAAAUAUUUAAGACUCUGCACAUAUUAGCAAAAAGGGGUAAUCAGUAAUUUCCAUUAUAGAGCAUUGCAACACAAGGGUGAUUACUAAUCACCCUUGUGUUGCAAUGCCCUAUGAUGGAAACAUAGGUACAGAGAAAAUAAUACCCUGGUAGUGAACCUAUAGCAAAAAUAGUGUGCAAGUAAGAAUAUCAGAGCAGAGCAGUGUAACUAGGCUUUCAGGCAUGUGAGUGUGGAUAAGUACAAAGCACUAUGAAAACAGUACCCACAGUGAGUCCAUUUUUUUGGUACUUUUGUAAGUUUGUUUGCAAUUGGGCCAGUGUAUGAGAAAGCAUUUUUAAUAUCUAAGCCAUCAAAUCUGUUCUACAAGGCAAAAACUAAAUAAAAUCUGUUGAUAUUGCAAUUUAAAAUAGAUAUAUUAAAUAAAAUUCAUAACUGCAUGUCCCAGUGUCCCAAGUAACCCCCCAAAACAUUGAUAUUGAAAACUAUUUGUUCUUAUUCAGAGAUUCAAUCAAAUUCAGUUCAGUUUAAUAACAUAGCAAAAGAUUCAAAACAAGUGCAUUCUCAAGGGACUUGAGUCCCAACAGAUCCAGUUUAUUUGUAUAUAACAAUACACAAAUAAAACAUCCUAAAGUGUGUCUUUAAAAGGUCUCCUUUAACAGCUUAAGCUGCAUGACAAGACAACACUUUGUGCUAUUGCAGUUUUAGUUGUUCGAUGAUCAACUUUUGUCUUUUCAUACUUUGUAUCAAUUGGUACCUGCUAGGGGUACAUUUUGUACCUGCUAUUACAACUGAUGAUUGAAGGUAAUUUUCCAUAUUUCACUCAUAGUCUACAAUAAAGUUAUGGGGUUAUGUGGUUCCAAUAAAUAUCUUCCAACAAGAGGUCACUUAUGGGGAAUAAACUACGAGUGAGAAUUUACCAUAUAUGACCAUUUCUCAACCUAAUUUGCAGUAAUGCUCAACUGCAAUGAAAUAUAAUCUCAUACCUUAAGGUUGACGUACUUGGAUAUGAAAUGCAAGUACGAAAGAAUUACGCAGUGCGUUACUAGGAAAUCUGGAUCUGAAUCAGUAAAAGGAAGAAUUGACCUGGAGCCAACUGAGACUUUACCAGUUAAAAAAUAAAAGCAGCAAAGGUUUUUUCUCUUCUUUCUCCAGUUUUCUAUGCAAAAAGGCAACAUCACACAACUACUUUUUGUGGUAUGCAGUUUGCACCUAUUUAGGUUUCAUAACCUUGUAAAGUGGUAAUUUACAUGCUUUAUGGCAACUGUCAGUAGAGAGAGAGAAACAGCAGCAUCAAACAAACAAAAUGUGCCAUGUGUUUUGAGCUGUCUACUUCUAAAGGUACACUGAAUGCAGAUUGUCCACUCCUGAUGUUUGGUUAACAUUUUUUUUUACUGCAUGUAUUUGCUGACUACUGUUCUAAAUGACAAUCUGGGUAUUGCUGUUCUUCUGUUGGUUGCUCAUCCCCAUUAGUUGCCCAACCCUUUAUGAACAAGAAGUUCCUAUGAAAUGAAAUUCAGCAUGAAUUAUUAUGUGAUUUUAUUUUAUCAUUUUUCAGAUGAUAAAACAGGGUCAUUGGGAUUACAAAAAAGAUAACUACAGAUCUAAACUAAACCAUUUCCUCAUUCAGAACACCACGAUUUGAUGCAAGAAAAUAAUAAGAAGGUAAACUUGGUCUGAGAGCAAGAAACAACUUAGUAAAAUAACAAAAAAUUGAAACCAAUUGAAUAUGUACCAACCCUAACUCUAAUCACAACACCCAUAACACCAGUUUAACACGGAUUCAUUGAAAAUGUGAAGCUGCUGUCUUAGUAUAUCUGUGCAUUCGUUAGUAGAGGAUCCAAGCUGGUUUUUUUCCUAAUACGUCCUCUUUGCACAUCUCUUUGGAUAGAUCAAAGGUAUUAGCGUUGUGUUUUCAGGUAUGGAGCCUCUGGGGCUUUAGUGGUCUCUCUGCGGGUGUUUUUGGAGAACUGUGUUUAUCAUCCCUUCUCAGAGACCAUUUGCAAUCAAAUGCUCCUGAAAUGUCCGCGAAUGGAGAGCAGCAGUGUGUUAAAAAGGCCUUCUGACAGCGACUCUGCUCUCUUCUCUGUCACGCCGCGUGACCACUCGGUGUAUGCCUCUGGCGAUGUCCGGUCUACUGCGUCCAAUAAUGCACUCUGCGCAGACUAAGUGAGACAGACCCACAUGCACACACAAAACCAGCAAGGAUGUGCGUUGUUGGGAAGAUGCAGAGACGCACGUGUACAGGAAGUCUUAAUAAAAUCAAGGAGAGAUGAAAGUCAGAGAAAACACAGGCAACAUCUCACAGCUUUCACAAAGUGCAUUUACAGUGCAUCACAAAAGUAUCCAUAUCCCUGGAACUUUAUCACAUUUUGUUGCAUUGCUGCCACCAGCUUUAAUGUAGUUUGACUACCACAAGUAGCACAGUCUUGUGAAAUCCGAACAGUAUGGAAAAGAUCUCUGCAGCUCCUCCAGAGUAACCGUGAACCUCGUGGGGGCUUCACUGAUUUAUGCUCUCCUUGCUCAGCCUGUCAGUUUAGGCGGACAGAAUUGUUUGUAGUUGUAAUGUGACAACAUUUUAACAAGUUCAAGAAGUAUGAAUGCAACACAAAAUACACUUAUUUAGAACAAACAGAUCCUACUGCAGAUGAAAAUAAGUUUUACUCUACACUACCCCGAAAAAUGUUUAGGGACUCGAGUGUGAGGAAGAGUGAGAAUUUAUAUGGCAGACAAAGCAUGUUUACCUGUUGGAAGGCUCGACAUUGUGCCAAACCAGCCAAGCAGUCAACAGCGCUCUUUGAAGCCAAGAAAAACAAAUUUCUUGUUGUGAAAUCGAAAACAGAGAUUGAAAGAUGCACAUGGAGCACAAAAAAAGAAAAUAAAAUGCACAGCAUGAGACAACAACAUGGAGCAGGAGGAAAAAGCAGAAGUGGUGAAAUGCUGAAAGGGAUAAUGAUAACGAUAGGCUAAAUGUUGUGGGCCGGUAAACAAAAUGGUCAGAAUUAUUAUCCACAUUGUGGUCCAUAGAGUAACCUGAUCCCCUCAGCUGGAUGGCUUAGUGAUGCCAAAUAGGAGAUCAGUGCUCCUUGUUUUGUUUGCCCAAGUUCCUAUAUAUGCAUCUCCAGACUCCCUCUGGCUGCCAAUAUUUGCAUGUGUCCAUAAAAGAGAGAGAGGGAUGUGUUUUCCAAGGCUUGCCCAUGCCAAGUAAAAUGGGGUUGUGCCUGUCUGUUUUCCCAAUCUCUAAAUCAAUGACUCUGCUCAGUUCAGCAAUCAGUCUUAGCAACUAUGCAGUAAAAUACCACAACAGCUAAAAAGCUGUUGCAUCAAAUUUGAUUGAUCAGAAUAUAUGAUGUGGUCUUAAGGCCAACAAAUUACUAAACUACUGAGCAAAAAAAGUUCUGCAGUAUUGCACUUAAAGACAAGAGUGCAUCGUUUUAUUCUUUUAUUGUGAGUUUUUAUCCACGUCUAAAGAUGCUUUUUUGCCAUACAACAAUAAACAGCAACUGAGAAACAUCUCUGAACUUAACAGCAAAUCUGUGGAUAUUUGGAGUUUACAGUGAAGCAAAUGCAUAUAUAAAGAAGCGGCAUAUGUUCAGUUUUCUAGUUUUAGUGUCUUUAGAUCAAUAGACUGGGCAAAUAAAAGUAGGCACUUAUACUUGCUUCACAUCAAUUACUCCAGCUUUACUAUAUAGCUCAACAGCUCUGAGCGUUUUGCUUUGAUUUCACAGCCAAUUAUACAACUUGCAUCAAUAGUCAAAAUAGAGGCCGUAAUGUUUUUCAAAUGAAGCUAUAGAAUUUUAGUUAAAUAUCUCCAAUAUAAAGGCAUGCUUUUAAUGUUUGAUUUGAAAGUUCUCCUCUGCUGUUUGUACUUUGUUUUUUCUACUCUCCCUCAUGGCCAGAAGAAAAAACAUAAAGUAAUUAAAUGCUUCUUGUAAUUUUAAGAGCCAGUUAUUUCAUAGCCACCUCAACAACACUUGAUCAUUUUUUGGGCUAGUGUCCCUCAGCGUAUUUUUUCUUAACACUAACCAGUAUAAUUACAAUUGAAAACACAGCUGAGUAAUGAGGUAUGGGUUUUCAUGGCAGUAUAUCAAAAAAUGCAAUAUUUUUACAAAACAAUCCCAAGAGGAAAACAAAAAGGCUAAUUCUGUUUUGUGUGUAUAUAGGUUAAUUACAUUACAAAAGACGCAAGAAUCAAGAUAAUCAGCUGGCAUUUGUAAACACUAUGGGAGACGAGUGACCUUUGACAUAUUUCAUCUGGUAUUUGAAGCACUGAAAUUUUAUUUGACUUGCUAAAAGUGCAACAUUACAAGUUUGAGCCAAGAGUUUCUCACACCAAAGCCAUGAUGGAUACUGUAGAUUACAACGUGAAAGCAAAUUUGACAAUAACAAUGAUUAUCAUAGGUAUUUUUAUUCAUAUUUCAAUUUAUCCGAUUGGUUUUAAAAUCUUUAACAAUAAUUUGACUCUAACAAUGAUUGUCAUAGCUAAUUAUAUUCAUGUUUCAAUUUAUCUGAUUGGUUUUAAAAUCUUUGUUAUCAAGCAAUUUGCUACUGUUGCACAGAACACAAGUACAAAUCUUAGCGUAACAAUGUGUAAGUAAAAGAGAGGAAAAACAAGAACAAUGUAACAGAUGUACCCUACAUAAUUCUGAUCACUAGCUUCAUGUCUUAUGUGAUGUCAUCAGAGGUAUGUUCAGGGAGGCUUGUUUUUGCAAUGCUACAUUAAUCUUGAUGAGAUUAUUUGCAAAAAACGGUAAAACAAUUGGAAAAACUGACCAUGCCAUAUUGUUCUUUAGGUGACAAACUAUACUUAAAGUGACUGAUUUCACAGAAAGGACUAGCUACCAGCGUUAAGAAAAACUCAAAGCUUGUCUCAGAAAAUAUGCCUUUGCCUGACUUGUGGCUGUGUGCGCUUGCAGCCGUAGACUUUGCAUAAUAGACUAUUUCUUGAACAUCAUGAAAUUCAUUACUCAAAGGAUUGUCUUGUCAUGUUCUACAGAGCUGAAUUACCUAUUCGAAGUAAGGCUGCUGUACAUUAUGUAGUAAAUCAGCUGUUGUCAGCUGUUAUAAGCAAUCUCUCCAAAGUAGAGUGAAAUACUGUUUCAAAAAUAAAGGUGUACGAAUGUUACACUAGAUUUGUUGCACCAGUUUAUGCAAAAGGAAAAGAAAGCAUGCAAAGCUUUUAAAAUAAUUAUCUGAAGCACUUUAAAUUGCACUAGUUGUAUAUAGCAAAUAAAGAAAAUUCAUUUGGUUUUCCAGAACCUAUUAUAUUUAUUUUAUUGGGGGUUUUGUUUAUAGUUGGCAAAGUCAGAUUUUGUAUGAGAUAAUAGCAAUAACCUAGCUUUAAAAAAAAAAAGGAAAACAAAACAAAUUAAUAUGCUUUUUUCUUUCCCUUCCUAAUUUUAACUGUGUUACCUUCUGUUUCUUUACAAAUGCUAUUUUGACAUAAACAGCUUAUGUUUUGUAGAUAGGUGUGUUGUUGUUUCCACUUUGAAGUGUGAGUAAAAUAUAAACUUGAUGCUGCGGGAUCAGCAAGACACCACAGGUGAAUGCACACAAGUCAUUAAACUCAAAGAAAAAUAAAGCUCAAGAAGCCACAUUCUCAAUUUCUUCUGUCUUUUUACUGUCUGCUGCUGGUAUUUCUGUAAAAAUAAAGUUUGAUUCUGUAA